AACUGCUCCAUCACGAGCUACAGGGAACAGGUUGCCUGGGAAACGGCCGCAUGGCAACAGGAUCAGAGCCGGGGGGUUGUCUGCUGCUAGCUCUGCUCCCGUUUCCCAUUUCCUCACUAGAUUGUGUGCAAGCCACUGGAGAGUCGACUUCCUCCCGCGGUCAGGUUCCGAUCAAAACAAAUCUGGGAAACUACACGGAACGCCUUUUCUCGGGGUUUUCGUGGAGGAUUAUUGUAUUUUCAUCCAGAUAUUUUUAUUUUUGAUAACGGCGCGGAUCGUGCUCCAUUCGGCGGUGAUGGACAUAAUGAUUGCAGUGCAGGAUGCGUGCGUCUCCGGUCAAUGGCUCACCGCUAUCAUUCUCAGUCUUUGCUGCUUUUUACCAUCGUGCUUGCCCGCUGGACAAACUGUGGACUAUGCGUCCAGCGAGAGUGUGGUCAGCAGACAGGGAGACACCGCGCUGCUCAGAUGCUACCUGUUGGAUGGGAUCUCAAAAGGAGCAUGGUUGAAUCGUUCCAGUAUCAUUUACGCAGGGAAUGACAAGUGGUCAGGGGAUCCUCGUGUGUCCAUCGUAUCAAAUGUGGGGGAUAAACAUGAAUACAGCUUACAGAUACAGAAAGUGGAUGUAACGGACGAGGGCUUGUACACCUGCUCGAUACAAAGUGAACGUAAUCUACGCCCAAAGCUCAUUCAGUUAAUUGUAAAAGUUCCUCCCAAAAUCUAUGACAUUUCAUCAGACAUUACGGUAAACGAAGGCAGCAAUGUUUCACUCAUCUGCUCAGCCAGUGGGAAACCAGAGCCCAAAAUCUCUUGGAGACACAUCUCCCCAUCAGCCAAGAAGUAUGAAAGCGGGGAGUAUUUAAAUAUCACAGGCAUCACUCGGGAUCAAGCUGGGGACUAUGAGUGCGGCGCUGAAAAUGACAUCGCUUCACCCGACACCAAGACCGUGAGAGUAACAGUCAACUUUCCUCCAGCAAUCCAUGAGAUGAGAAGUCACGGGGUCCGACCCGGUCAGAUUGCCCUGCUGAGAUGCGAGGCAGCAGCUGUCCCCUCUCCAGUCUUUGAGUGGUACAAGGGAGAGAAAAGGAUUAACAUGGGCCAAGGAAUUGACAUCAAGAACCUCAGCUCCAGAUCAGUUCUCACAGUGAAGAACAUGACACAGGAUCGCUAUGGCAACUACACCUGUGUGGCCGUCAACAGGUUGGGAACAGCCAAUGCCAGUGUGCCUCUGAUUCCACCCAACACCGCUCCGUAUGGAAGUACAGGAGGCGCUGAAGUCCUGCUGGCCUGCCGGUACCUGAUCCUGGCUCUCUCUUCUCUCGUCAGCGUUUACUAGCCCUGGGGACGGCCAUACACAAUGACUGUAAAGAACCCUUUUGAGCAUUUACAGAUCCUUUGACAUUGCUGAUGGCUGGAUCCAAUCUGGUACAGUGUGUUUGGAAAGCAGCGAGGGAUUUUAAUCAGCAUUUCUUAUGUUGGGAUGGUAAUUUUCUUCUGUGGUGUUUGUCAUCAUGUAAAUACAUAUGGUUUUUGGGGGUUGGUUUUCUUUCUCUUGUCUUAUUUUCUAUUCUUUUCUUAUUUUCUUUUCCUAAUUUCCCACUUUGUGAAUCAGCACACAUUGUCCCCUUCGAACGCUCACAAAUUAGCCGAAAUCACGCUUUGGAAAAGUAAGGGUGUGUGACAUUAGUGUCUUUGUUAUUGAAAAAGGAAAGACGCCCUAGUGUGUCACCUUGCUCUCCGUGCUGGUACAUCAUUCACAUACCCACAAAGUGUUUAAAUAGUACGUUUUUUGCCGAGCUCAUUUAAAUCCAGUGAACCAAGAAACACUGUUUAAGAUUUCACAAAGGGAGAGAUAUUGAAAUUGAUAUCAAACGUAAUACAGUCAAAGGCCAAGUGAACAAUAGAAGAGCAGCUUUAGUUUAAUACGCUAAUGCGCGUGUUUUUUCCAUUGACGGUGAAAUAUGAUUAUUCAUUUUCUAGACCAAAACUACUGCCAUACCUCAAAGGUUUAGACCUCUGGGCUAUAGACCCCAAUUGCAUUUAACUGAAUUAUGCAGUGUACGAUCAUAAACCUUUCUAGUUAUUCUAGAAAUACAUGAAUUUGUUGUUUUACUGCAGGAAAAAAAUCUAAACCUAGAUUGCACUGGAGAUUCAAAUAUGUAAUCGUAUGAGAUACAUUUGCCUCUUGUAAAACUAUUUGUGAGUGAGCCUAAUUGUAAAAUUAAAAUGAGCCUCUUGAAGUGGUCAAAAGGUUAUAAAACAACAAAGCAGAGUUACAGAGCUGUCCUUUCCGCCCUGGGGGUCUUAAAAAUGAGAGCUCUAAUGUGAAAAAGGAAUAGAGAAAAUGCCUGUGUUGCAUUUGAUGUUAUAUUUAAUAAGAUAUCAAAUAAAAAUAGCACAUAAAAGACAUUCUUUAGUUGGCAGCAUGCAAAAUAUUGUGCACUUUGAUUAAAUGAGGAAAUUACGAACAGUGUCUACUGGGACUUAUCUGACGAUCAUUCAAAUCAUUAUUGGCUUUUUUUCUUUAAUUUUAUGGAGUAUGUUUUAUGGUUGUAAUCAUUUGAACAGGAUUUUUAUAAUGUAUUAACAUAUUACCUGCUUUACUUCUGUCAGUGUGAAAUAGUUUUGAAUAGGGAAGCAGAAAAAAAAGAAUAUGCACUUCCCUUGUGGGGACAAUAUGAAACUUUCAAGUGUGGAUCCAAACGUGUGAAUGAAUAUUAUUUCAAAAUACGUAUGCAGUAUGGCAUAGUUUACAAUGUUGUCUUUCAUUUUAGAUGCCACAACUGUUGUUGAUUCUUGUCAAACGAGUAGAAGUUGGAAAAAAGAACCGUUUGUAAUCAAAUAAUCUACUUUUAACUCAGAGGGUGUGAACCAGUCAUACGGUAUAAUAGAAAACGAGUCACGUGUGUGUAUAUUCGAAGAAAGUAGAAUUCAUUUUAUCUUAUUGGUAGAGCCAGUGUCUAGGUUUAGUUUAACCUCUACCCUAGUUCCCACACACUUGUUGUAUAUUAAGAUGUGCAGAAAUUAUAAAUGUGCUGCAUGUCAAAUUAAUAUGUAUGUUAAGGUGGCCACUUACCAUAAAUCGAUAAUUUGAGAACAAAACCAGUUUCGAGGCUGCUUUGACUUAAUGAAAUGUGUUCCACACUACUGAACAUCACUAGGCCUGUCUGUUGAGCUAUGAUGAAAUGUUCUUUUCAUGUGAAAGUCAUCACAGAAUCGUUUCCGCUCAGUGUGCAAUACUGGGUCCUUUCCUAUGGACUGUACUUAUGCUAUUUGGUUAACGCGUGACGAAUUUAGAUUCUUUUUAUAUAUUAUUUAUGCACAAAGUACAUUUUCAAUGCCAGGAAGUGUCUGAAUAUUUCACUUACAACAGAUAUAUUCUGACGAAGAAUCAGUCACAGAAUCAUAUAGGUCUCACCUGUAUGUCCCUUUGCUUAUUACAGACCUGAAAGCCUCAAAGAUCAAACCGAGGGAAGUUUAAAUAUUCAUCGCUGUGAGGGCCUGGCUCUCGCCGUUGUGAUAUAAAAAGUAACAUUGCACUUGCUUAUCAUUACCACAAACCUCCAUAAUCGCAGAUUAACACCAAUAGCUUUGACAGUUACAGUAAAUACGCUGCAUUUCAAUAUUCUGAGUCCACUCUAGAAGCAAGUACUGUAUAAAAUGUGCCUUUAAAAGUAUUAAUUGAUAUGAUCUGUUGCCAUUCCAUGUCAAAUGCCAUGUCUAAGCCUCAUGCAUUUGACAUUCAUAGCUAGAAUACCAGACGAAUCAGUGUUGCGUAGUAUUUCUGGCUUCUAAUUAAUAGCUGAUAAAAGGGCAAUUUAAAAAAAAAAAAAAAAAAAACCCUCUGCCAUUUUUGAGUUCUGUAAAGAAAUAAAAGUAGCACAUGCUCUUUUAAUAAAUAUUGUGAAUGAAACCAUAACAAAGAGCUCAUUAAAGCAUCAUUAAAACUGCGUAAGUGGAUAUCAAGAUAAAAAAAGCAGACAAGAGCAUUCAUGCAUGCAUAAUUCUCCUGAAAGUUACAGCCUUUCAAAAGAGUCUGUAAAUAACAGGCAAAUGUGCUGCAAAUUUUCACUCUGAGCAUCUAAUGACUUGAUAAUCACAUUCCUGGACAUGCAUUAAUAUUCAAUGACGAGUUUCGAAAUUUCUCACGUCAGCCAAGCGACAGAUAUCCAGAAUUUGCGUGGUGCCAGUGGUCACAAAAACCCAAAAGGCCGGUGCUAUUUUCGAAUGGGUUCAAAUUACUGCAAGCAGCACAUGUUGUGGCCCGAGGAGACCCCUUGGGUUCCAACACCUUCCCGGAGCCCUCGCCGUGUGGUAUGAGGUAGCAAUUUCGGUACUUUUUUUCUUGAAAUCCUAUGAGCACAUAUCGGUACAAAAAAGUCUUCGGUGGAUGUGUAACCACACGUGUACGGUCCGAAAAACCCAAACAUUUAAGAUACUUCGUCUCCUAUCUCGAGCGAAGCUGCUGGCGAGACAGAAUGAGGGUGGGAGGUGGUAUUUCAAUGAUUAAAAACCUGUCAGCUCCAUCUCUGUCUUGGCCAGACUCUUUUAAAAGUCGGUUUGAGAGUGCUGUGUGUGCGGCCAGGGGAGGUGAUUCUUCUGACCUGGCAGUUAAUAAAAUUCUUCCUGUGCCUUUGUCAGUUUCUGGAGGAUGAUUUUGUGGAGUGCUGGAGGGUGCUGCAUUAACCAGCUGUGAGUGCUCACUCUCUCAGCAGCACUCUGGCUGACAGUAAUCUACAUAAACCUCUGUCCUUUUCAAAACGCUUGCCAGUAAUUGCAGUUUUGCAGUAUUCUAAUUGACUCCACGGCGCACAAUAAAGAACAAAAACCUAUAAUCCUUUGUGACGCCCAUUUGGUUUGCGGCUAUUAUGUUAAACCUUCGAAUGAUACGAAACUGAUGACAAAUGAAGCCAUGACUGUACUUAGCCGGUAGAAACAUCCAUUGGCAAAAUAUUUGUCUGGAUAAUAAAGUAGCUGCCAAAAUGAGAAUGAGUGAAUUCUAAAGCUUUUUUUGUUCCUCGCCAUCAAGUUUUUGUCGGCCCCCUCGCUCGUUAUUUUCACUGAGCUGGAAAACAAGUUAGCCAAGCACUGAUGCAGUGGUUUUGAUAAUGCUAAGGUUUUAGCAGAGCCGUCUUUCGCUGAGCUCUGUUUGAAACCGUCGAUUGUCUCAUAUCAGGAGAAAUGUUUUAUGCGAAAUGCAAGGGAUCAAUUUAGGUACACAAGUCCAGGGUUAUCGAAAAACACACCGUUCUCUUUUAUUCACAGUUAUCGUCUCAUUAGAUGUUGGUUGGCCUGGUCAUUGUUGCUAGCUGUUUUGAAUGGCAUGGGCUAUUUGUGUUGGCACCGUUCAUAUCUUAAGCAGUUAUUUUGUGAAGUGGAAUAAGUCCACCAGUGAAACCACCCAUCUGCUACUGAGUAAUUGAGCACAGAGGACACUCGCCAGAACGGUCCAAAUUUACACUAAUGCUUUUGGAAAACAUUUUGUGAGCUUUGGUUACUUUUGUAUAUACAUGUUUAUUUGAUUUUGGUACCUUUUAUUUUGUUUCGUUCAGUUUGGUGACUAAGUAAAAUGGACAUUGUAACCAUAUUGGGAUGGCUGUACUUUUAUUUCCUCAACUCUUGAAGCUGAAAUUUCUGUGAUGAGAAAUUUGAAAUGG